AUGGGGCUUUACUACCACCACUCUAUUAAUGAUGGCUUUUCACGGCGAGCACUGAUCAUCAUGCGGAUCACUCUACUAAUAGUUAUUAUAAGCAUGAUAAUGUUGAGUAGCAAAUUUGGUGUCGGAUGCCCUGUAGAAGAGUACGAAGCUCUUUUAGAAUUCAAAGCCUCUUGCAACGGAACGUCUCCUCCGUCGUGGGGAAAGCACAGUGAUUGUUGUCUCUGGGAGAGAGUUAUUUGCAAUAACAACACCAAACAAGUGUCCGAGCUGCAUCUACAUGAUCUUUUUUGGUCGUAUUAUCCAGAAGGGAAUUGGAAUCUAUAUGAGGCCCAAAGUUGGCACUUGAAUUUGAGCAUCUUUUCUUCAUUCCGUGAGCUACGACACCUUGAUUUAUCUUUUAAUCCUUUCACGGGCCUCCUCUCAAGCACCACCGGAUUGAAGAAGCUAAAGGUGCUUGAUCUUAGUGACAACCAACUUACAGGAGAGAUCCCGACGUCUUUGGGAUAUCUGACAUCUCUCGAAGUUUUGAAUUUGGGUUUGAAUGAAUUAAAUGCUUCACUUUCUUUGAAAGCCUUAGUAGGAUUGAAGAAGCUAAAGGUGCUUGAUCUUAGUGAAAACCAAUUUACAGGAGAGAUCCCAAUGUCUUUGGGAUAUCUGACAUCUCUCGAAGUUUUGAAUUUGGGUUUGAAUGAAUUAAAUGCUUCACUUUCUUUGAAAGCCUUAGUAGGAUUGAAGAAGCUAAAGGUGCUUGAUCUUAGUGAAAACCAAUUUACAGGAGAGAACCCAUUGUCUUUGGGAUAUCUGACAUCUCUCAAAGUCUUCCUUAGUAGGAUUGAAGAAGCUAAAGGUGCUUGA